AUGCCCACCAUCUCUGUGGACAAGGCUGCCUUGUUCAAGGCUUUGGGCAGAGAAUACACAACUGAUGAAUUCGACGAACUGUGUUUCGACUUCGGUAUCGAACUCGAUGAGGACACGUCGCUCAUAGAGAGACCCGUGGUCGAUGGCAAGCAAGAACCCCCUCAACUGAAAAUUGAAAUCCCGGCCAAUCGAUAUGACAUGCUCUGCUAUGAAGGCAUCCAACUCAUGCUCAACGUCUUCAAUCGCAAGGUCCUGGCUCCUAAAUAUGUCUUGAAGGCUCCUGCAAACGGAAACCUCCAAACAAUCACCGUCGCCAAGGACACCUCACGGAUAAGGCCCUACGUCUCCGGUGCUAUACUACGAAACAUCAAAUUCGACCAAGCCAGAUAUGAGUCAUUCAUCGAUCUGCAAGACAAACUACACCAGAAUCUUGCAAGGAAUCGUACUCUUGUUGCAAUUGGUACGCAUGAUCUCGACAAGAUCAAGGCGCCCUUCACCUAUGAGGCGCUGUCUCCAAAGGACAUCAAAUUCACCCCCUUGAAUCAAACAAAGGAGAUGAACGGCGAGGAACUAAUGGCUUUCUACGACAAGGACAAACACCUUGGUCGUUACCUACCAAUAAUCAGAGACUCACCAGUGUAUCCUGUUAUCUACGACUCGAAUCACGACGUCUGCUCUCUUCCGCCCAUUAUCAACGGUGAUCAAAGCAAAAUUACCGUGAACACCAAAAAUGUCUUCAUCGAGUGUACAGCUACAGACAAAACGAAAGUCGAAAUCGUUGUCAACAUCAUGGUCUCUAUGUUCUCGCAAUAUACCUCCGACAAAUUCACUGUCGAGCCUAUACAGAUUAUUUCCGAGCACAAUGGCGAGUCAAGACAGGUCCCCGACCUGACACCUCGCGCGACACAAGCCGAGGUGGACUUCAUCAACGCCUGUUGCGGUCUGUCUCUCUCCCCAACUGAAAUUUGCACCCUUCUUACCCGCAUGUCAUACACUGCGCGUCCUUCUAAAUCUGAUCCUAAUCUCAUCGACGUCGACAUCCCACCGACAAGGGCCGACGUCCUUCACCAGGCUGACAUCAUGGAAGACGUCUGCAUAGCUUAUGGAUUCAAUAAGCUUCCUCGAGCCUUCCCCAAGGUAGGUGCAACCGUCGCUGCUCCGCUCGCCAUUAACAAGCUCUCGGAUGUCCUCCGCCUCGAGGCUGCCAUGGCAGGAUGGGCCGAAGUCCUACCUCUGAUUCUGUGCUCACACGACGAGAAUUUUGGCUGGCUGAACCGAAAGGACGAUGGUUCUACGGCUGUCAAGCUCGCCAACCCCAAGACCGCAGAAUACCAAGUCGUCCGGACGACGUUGAUCCCCGGCCUACUGAAGACAAUUCGCGAGAACAAACACCAUUCUAUACCCAUCAAAAUCUUCGAGGUCAGCGAUGUCGCGUUCAAGGCCCCCGAGCUGGAGCGCAAAAGCCGCAACGAACGCCACUUUGCUGCAGCCUGGUACGGCAAGACAUCUGGAUUCGAAGUGGUUCAUGGUUUGCUCGAUCGCAUCCUUGCCAUGCUGAAGACUGCGUUUGUUACGAAUGAGGAAGGGCUUGAGGUCAAGCAUGGUUCUCCUAGUAGUAUUCAGUAUUGGAUAGAAGAACUGAACGAUCCCACUUUCUUCCCAGGUCACGCUGCCAGUAUACACGCCAAGAUUGCCGGUAAGGAGGUGGUCAUUGGCAGUUUCGGCAUCCUACAUCCUAGUGUCUUGGAGAAAUUUGAAUUGAAAUAUCCUGUCAGCGUGUUGGAGUUCAAUGUGGAGGUGUUCCUAUGA